GACACUGGAUAAAGGGCUUUGACGAGAAGCGCGUGGAUGAGUUUCACCUGACGGGGAUGGAGUCGGACUCGUUCGUGGGUUGGGAGCAGAGGCCCGCUCCUGCAGGCGAGGGCCGCGGGGACGGCAAAGCCAAACCCGAACCCAAAACCCAGACCGAGAAGAAGGCCGAACACGCUAAGGGCAAGACUCGUCUGACGCUGGAGGAGCCUGUGAGCGCGUCUCUGGGGCAGCUGUGGCUGGAGCUCCUGCGCUUUUACACGUUGGAGUUUGCGCUGGAGGAGCACAUCAUCAGCAUCCGUCUGAAAGAGCUGCUGCCGCGGGAGCUCAAGAACUGGCCUCGCCGCAGACUCGCCAUCGAGGAUCCGUUUGCGUUGAAGAGGAAUGUGGCUCGCAGUCUGAACAGUCAGAUGGUGUUUGAAUACAUCCAGGAGCGCUUCCGCACGGCCUACAAGUAUUUUGCCUGUCCGCAGAGCAGGAACGGAGCAAACGCCAGCCGUGGCUUACUGAGGAAGAAACCCAGACGUUCUCGCACGGCCCGAUCCUGCAGCCUGGACCGGAAGAACCAGGGGGAGGUGGAGAAGAGCGGCGAGGAGGACGGAGACAGCAGUGAUGAUGAGGAUGAGAGGGAUAUGGAGGAAGAGGAGAGCCUGAGAGCGGGGUUCACCGAGCUCCUGGUGAGCGACGGUGGGAUGGAUGCCAGAUCUGAGGCGGUUUCCCAGGAACCCUCCACAGCCACGUCUCCUUCCGCCCUCAACGGCCUGCUGAUGGACAGCGAUGAGGAGGAGGAUAAAGAGCAAGACAUGGAGAAAUGGGACAGUAUUGCACCAGAAGAUAUGCACUAUGUCUUUGACAGGAUGAUCUUCACUGGAGGAAAGCCACCAACGGUCGUGUGCAGCAUCUGUAAGCGAGACGGCCACCUUAAAGACGAGUGCCCUGAAGACUUCAAGAAGGUUGAGCUGAGACCUCUGCCGCCCAUGACCGUACUCUUCAGAGAGAUCUUGGACGGACUCUGCAUGCUGUGUUACCAUGAGUUAUCGCCGUCUCUCAUCGAGCAGCAGAAGAGGGAGCAGAUUCUGGGCAGUCUGGAGCGCUUCAUUAGAAAAGAGUACAACGAUAAGGCCCAGCUCUGUCUGUUUGGCUCUUCUAAGAACGGCUUUGGGUUUCGUGACAGUGACCUGGACAUCUGCAUGACACUGGAGGGUCACGACACCGCUGAGAAGCUGAACUGUAAGGAGAUCAUCGAGGGUUUAGCCAAGGUGCUGAAAAAGCACACAGGUUUAAGGAAUAUCUUGCCUAUCACAACUGCUAAAGUGCCUAUAGUGAAGUUUGAACACAGGCAGAGCGGACUGGAGGGAGACAUCAGCCUCUACAACACACUGGCCCAACACAACACCCGGAUGCUGGCCACAUAUGCUGCUAUAGACCCUCGUGUGCAGUAUCUGGGCUACACUAUGAAAGUAUUUGCCAAGCGCUGUGAUAUUGGCGACGCCUCCAGAGGAAGUCUGUCCUCCUAUGCUUACAUCCUCAUGGUGCUGUAUUUCUUACAACAGAAACAACCACCAGUCAUCCCUGUGUUACAAGAGGUAUUCGAUGGGAGCACUGUUCCUCAGAGGAUGGUGGACGGCUGGAAUGCUUUCUUCUUCGAUGACCUUGAUGAGCUGCGGCGGCGUCUGCCGGAGCUCUAUCAGAAUAAGGAGACAGUCGGGGAGCUAUGGCUCGGCCUGCUGCGUUUCUACACAGAAGAGUUUGAUUUUAAAGAGUACGUCAUCUCCAUCCGCCAGCGCAAACGCCUCACCACAUUUGAGAAACAGUGGACGUCCAAAUGCAUUGCAAUCGAAGAUCCCUUUGACUUGAAUCACAAUCUUGGGGCUGGUGUUUCUCGCAAAAUGACUAACUUCAUCAUGAAGGCCUUCAUCAACGGCAGGAAGCUGUUCGGCACCCCAUUUUACCCUCAGCUGGGAACAGAGGCCGAUUACUUCUUUGACUCAAAGGUGCUGACGGACGGUGAACUGGCUCCUAAUGACCGCUGCUGUCGGAUCUGCGGGAAGAUCGGUCACUAUAUGAAGGACUGCCCAAAGAGACGCAGAAUGAAGAAAAAGGAGAACGAGCGUGAGGAGGAGGUCAGGGAGGAGGACAGGGAGCCCAGAGAGAGACGCUGCUUUCAGUGUGGAGAUAUGGGUCACGUGAGGAGAGACUGUCCCGAUUACAAACACCUCCGUCAGAGAGCAGUGUCCGGACCAGUACCUCACAUGGUCCGGGCCAUGGCGAGCUCUCAGUCCAUCCCCAUUCCUCAAGGUGCUUUAGUCCAGGAUCGGGGCGGACGGCACAGGCAGCCCUCUGAAUGUUCUGAUACGCGUCAGACUCCUCCGUACUCCCCUCAGCCGUCUCCCUACAGCCAGGCGUCCGUCUCUCCGCAGAACAGCAAGCCUUCCUCUGCAUCCUCUACCUCCAAACCCUCCCAACCGCAGCAGCAGCAGGUUCCACAGGUCCAACUUCCCAUCUUCAGCUUCCCACAUUCCCACCCGGGGCCGUACCACGCCGGGCUCUCCGCGCUGGGCCUCCUGCCUGCCCACCCCCAGCAGCCGCCCCUCACCUCUGCCUCCUGGCCCAUCCACGGCCCUCUCAUCCAGGGCUCUGGGGCCUCCACCGCCUCCGGCCACCCGUCCUCUCCUGGCCUGAAGUUUGCCAUACGGGGUGGUGGAGGCGGGCCAGCGGUGAGCCCCUCCCCCAUGAACCUGAACGACCCCAGCAUCAUAUUCGCUCAGCCGUCGACGGGGCGGGUGGCUGGUGGAGUGGGCGGCGGCCCGGCCCGAGAAAGGGUGCACCCCUGGCACAAUCACCAUCUCAAUCCGGGGCCACUUGUGGUGAACGGCACAGUAAACAAGACAGAGAUGAGUGAAAUCAGUGCAGUGUCUCUUUGUGAGCUCAGAUCCUAAUUUCCCGUCUCAGUUUGGCGGUGUGACUCCGUAUUCGCUGUCUCCAUCCUUCAUGCCCUACCGUCUG